UUUGCCCUUUUGAUAUAUACCCCAUUGGAGCUCUUGCCAUUGUUGAUAGGCUAUUGGUGCAAAGAUUUUCCAUCUGGGUUUGAGUGCAAAAUGGUUGGAAAUCCGAUGGCCCAAGUGUUUUCAUCGUCACUUAUUACUUUCCCUUGUACUUCUUCAAAUUGCUUGCCUCCUUUUCCAUUGAAAUCAAGAAGGAAACCUGCCCGGGUAAGAGCUGCAUCCGCUGACGCAGAAAGAAAGAACAAUAUUUGGAGUCAAACAUUGCGGCCAUUGAGGGAUUUUGGGUUCGGUCGGAGGAGCAUUUGGGAGGGUGGGGUUGGGUUGUUUCUUGUUUCCGGCACCGUUCUGUUAGCGGUCGGUUUGUCUCGGUUGAGGGGGUUCCAGAUGCGGUCUAAAUUUAGGAAAUAUUUGGCUGUGUUUGAGUUUGCUCAGGCUUGUGGUAUUUGCAGGGGAACGCCUGUGAGGAUCAGAGGAGUGACCGUUGGCAAUGUUAUCCGCAUUAAUCCUUCAUUGACAGGCAUUGAAGCAGUUGUGGAGGUGGAAGAUGAUAAAAUGAUCAUACCUCGAAACUCAGUUAUCGAGGUGAACCAGUCGGGUCUUCUGAUGGAAACUUUGAUCGAUAUCACACCGGUGGAUCCAAUUCCAACGCCUUCAGUGGGACCGCUGCAGCCGGAAUGUGUUGAAGAAGGUGUAAUUGUGUGCGAUAGGCAAAAGAUGAAGGGAAAUCAAGGGGUGAGUUUGGAUGCAAUGGUGGCGAUAUUCACCCGCCUGGGACGUGAAGUGGAGGGCAUUGGUGUUGCACAGGCCUUCUCACUGGCUCAACGAGUUUCCUCAGUGAUUGAAGAGGCAAAGCCAUUGCUGGCAAAGAUCAAAGCACUGGCUGAAGAUGUUCAACCUUUACUGGCUGAAGCUCAUGAUGGUGGUGUGCUAAGGGAAGUUGAGAAAUUAACCAGAAGCCUCACUGAAGCCUCUGAGGAAUUGAGAAGGGUCCAUUCAUCUAUCAUGACCCCUGAGAACACAGAACUCAUCCAGAAAUCCAUUCAAACUCUGGUUUUGGCAUUGAAGAACGUUGAGAAUAUAAGCUCUGAUAUUCAGGGAUUCACGGGCGAUGAGGCUGCAAGGAAGAAUUUGAAAUCACUUGUCAAGUCCCUCAGCAGGCUAUUGUGAAAAGGUGGAAACAUAAUAGGAGGUUAAUUGGAUGGUUAACAAGCCUCCUCCCUUAUCAAUGAAGGAAAAUGCUUGAGGUGUUACAAUUUUUACCACAUUCUUCUUAUAAACU